UGUGUGUACAUGCAUCAGGGACGGUGGGAAAUGGCGAUUAUGUCAAAACAUUGUGUUAGAUCUUGUUGCGUUUGAUUGCGGAAUCGACGACGUGAAUAUUAGCAAAAUGGUUCGCAAUAGCAAAAAGAAACUCGCGAUAUUUGCGGGUACAUCAAAGUGUCUAAUUUACGCAGAAGCAAAGUACUGUGUUGGAAAUAUGCCUGAAGAAUUAAAAUACUAUGAAUGUUCAAGAACAGAAUAUUGUUGUACUUUUGGUUGUUGUGUGUCACCUGGACUCCAUUUCCAUCAUUUAUGGUACUAUUGGAUUCUAGUUAUAAUCAUGUUCCUUGUGUGUUCUGGUGGUGGCUGGUGGUAUCGAUACUGGUUGCAGGGCAGAUAUAGAGCAGCAGCUUCAGCUAUUCCAACUCGAUCUUUCUAUCCUAGAUCUCAAAAUCAUCGUAAUACAUCUUGUCGAGCGCAACAAGCUCGUAUUACAUAUAAUUCAGCAAGAAAUACCGUCCUAUUGCAUCGUAUGUGGAAAGGUCCUCAAAGAAAUACAGCGGCGUCAGCAUAUAACGGUAAUGCAACUACUUCAACGCACUAUCAGAAUAUGAAUGUAGUGCUAAAUAAUACCAGUUGCCCUUAUUAUCAAUUGUACGGUCCACCGCCAAGUUAUGAGACAGUGAUAGCACAGACGCGCGGCAAAAUUUCCAAUCCAGCGUCGCCGGAAUCUUCUGCGCGAUUGAAUCUACAAACGGCGAACGUGAUACCAAAUCCGAGUGUAUCGCAGUGUUUCUUCUAUACUUGCAACUCUCCAGCUAGAUUGAUAGACGGUAAUUCCAGUCAAAGUGAUAACGCAACUUCCCACCAGCUUGACAAUCACGAGAAUGUUCCGUUCGCUCAUUUCUCGCAAUAUUGUGUAGCGAAUGGCGCUAUUAAUCAAAAUAUGUGCGUUCCCUUGGAGUAUCCACAGGAAUCGAGCGCUUCUGGAGGAAGCAAUUUUGGUCCUAGUUAUCAGAACAGUUCACAACAGUUGCCAGGAUAUUCGACGGACAGAUCGGCCGAUGUCUCGAAUGCGGAAAACGCAACUCAUGGUUACAAAGUUCAGAAUGCAGAAGGAUACGCAAUGCUCGAUACUGCUACUGGCAGCUACAGAGAUCACAGUCCAUGGCAUGGAAAUGAUCAAUCUGUAUUGAAAGUCCACGGUAAGAUCGUGCAGGAUGAAAAUUGUGCGUCUCAGCAGAGAUGUGCAAAAAUGCGUGUUUCCUCGCCUAAAACAGAGGGAAGCGGAAGCGAGAACAAACUGAAGCGUAUAUGCCCCGUGAUCUCUGCGGCACAAAGAAACCAGCGUCCGGAUUACAGUGGCUUCGUACAAUUACCGCAUAAUCACACUGGAAAUGUCAUUUACCAAGGCGGCAGCUUCCGAAGAAUUUCCUUCAAAGAUUCGUCGAGUUCUCAACGGUGCACUUUUAAUUCCAUUAAUCGAAUGGCAGCUUCCGAGAACGCACUUUGUAACAUAAAUUCUCCGGAACAAGCGGUAGAGAUUGUUGCGAGUUCUUCUCAAUCAAAUCCAUCCAAUAAUGUGAUAUUAGAAUCUUUUAUUUUUGAAAAUGCGCAAUUGCUUCCAAAUGAAAAUGUCGAAACGGCGCAUGAUCUUCGUACAAUGAACCGGAGUACAAACUUUGAUCUUGAAAGUAAACACAAAUUAAACAGAUCGAAGUCGCUAGACUGAGUAUAAAUUGAAAUUUUUAUUAUUGUAUUACGCGAUGCUUAUUCUUAUAUUCUUAUCUCUCUGUUAUUCACGUGUAACUUGUGUAAUAAUACAAACAUAAUCGUUUGUUAUCGAGAAUCAACUUCUCUUAGAAUAAUCUUCUCUUAUUUUCGAAUAUCGUGACAAAAAACAAGGAUUCUAUUUUAUUAAAAAUAAUGCUAUAUAUUAUUUUCUUUGACAUAUAUGUGGAUAAUUAAUGAUAUAUUUAACAUAGUAAUAAUUUAUAUUUACUUUAUAUUAUUUAUAUUAUUAUUUAUAUUAUUAUUGUUUUAUUGCAUCUUUAAUUAUCGAAUCUGAUAGUCGAAUCUCAUGUGAUGUAUAUAUCAUCCACUAUUCUCUCAGAAUUAGCGAAUAUAAUAUUAGACAUUAGACUUAAAUUGCACUCUCGCAAUAUUUUUUGGAAAUAAUACCGCAACUCCAAAGCUAAACUAUUUUUUGAUUACCUAUUGUGAUAUUAAAUAUUAUCUUUGUAAGUGUGAUAGAUGAUAGUGUGUUCUUACAUACACCGAUAAAGCGUUAUUUCUGGUAUCUGCAACACACUGCCGUAAGAAAAUCUUUUCCAACAUUCUAUUAGACACUGAUCUAAUUUUUAUCCCUGCAUUAUACUUAACGUAAUUUAAGAUUUCGGAACGGUUCAACCAGUAUUUCAGGAACGUUGUACUUCCACAGUCAGCGGACCAAUUUAAUCCACUUAUGCAUAAAAAAGAAUAUUAAUCAUUAUAUUUCAUUUCUCCAUAUCGUAACGAUAUAUAAGCAAAUAAUUAUCGCACAUUUUUUUAAAUCCUCAGAUGGAAACGCACUUAUGAACAAAGUCUUUAUAGAAGAGACUAAGGUCUUUAAAAAAAUAAGAUUUAUUUUUUAAAUAUUAUAAUGUAAAUUCCGACAUAUUUUUUGUAACAAUAUUAUUGAUAUCGAACUUGACAAUGCCAAAAUAAUCUCAUUUUUCGAGCUGUAUUUCAAGCCGGUCAAGGCAGUCCUCUAUAUAUUUAAGCUUCUAUCACAAAUAUAUGUGCACAUUAAUAUUAUCGCAAUAUUAAAAAAUGCGUAAAAUUAAUUACUACACAUUGCACACGUAUUUAAGAAUAAGAUACACAUAGUUAUCUAAAACAAUUAUAUAGUUUGUUCACGAUUAAAGCAAGAAUAUAUUGCUGUAAUAAAAAUGCCACCGCAUAAAAAUAUAAAAAGCUGAAAGCGAAAUUCGUUCAAAAUUAAAUAUUAGAAAAGCACGAACAGUGAGAAAAUAUAUACGAUAAAAAAAAUUUAUUACAUUUGACUUAAAAACACACGAUCAUGUUUAUAACGUGUUAAUAUUAUUGUUCAUAACAAAUAUUUAAAAUUUUUGCUCUCUUCAAUUUUUUUACACGUAAUAUGCAAGAAGAAAAAUUAUUCUCAUGCUGUGACAUGAAUGACAUUUAAUUUAUAAUAUUUUGAUCAAUCGUGGCAAUAUAUUAAUUGUAAUAGUCGAAUCAUAUCGUUUAGAUAAAUUAGAUUAAGUCAUUGAUUUAAACGCGCUACACUUCUCGAAUAUUUUAAAAUCGUAGAAUACUACGUCGUAUGCGCUAAAUCUUCAAUUUAGAUUCUUGAAUUAUAAUAACGGUCCAAGAAACACGUAUGUGCCAAUAGUGACAAGUCCGUUAGAUAAGCAAGAGUAUUGGAUAAGCGAGACGCAGUCUCGUAGCCAAGGAGGUCUUACUUUAAAAUGCAAAACAAAAUAAAUUAAAUAUAUACACAAUAUGUAUAUACACAAUUAUUUUUUGUAACCGAUCCUAAUUAAUAAAUGGAAGCUGUUUAAGGAGUUCACAUGAUUAUACAAUAAAUAUAUCCAUUUUUGUAACCGAUCCUGAUUAUAAAUGGAGGCUGUUUAAGGAAUCCGCGUGAUUAUACCGUAAGCUUGUACUAUUGUAUAUCGUGCAUAUAUAUACAUACACGCAUACAAUAUGUAUAUGUAUGUAUAUACAUGGAUAUGUAUGCACGAUAGAUUACGAGUCUAUAAGAAUUUUUAGUCAAAAGCCACUAUAUUUUGCGUGCGUGCGUAGCCUGCGCGUCAUAUCGUAUAUAGCUUUAAUAAGCUCUAGUUUGAAUGAUCUUCUCACCGUAAUGUGCAAUCAUAUAUUCGCGCGGAAUCAAUGACAUUGUAUGUAAGAUACUAUACUAAUGUGAAAAAAUUGUCUGUCUCUAAAAUAAAGACACGAAAUAUUUAUUCACGUAUAUAUCUAAGAUAACGUA